AUGUGCUUGACUUUUUCAAGAAAUCUCUCCUCAAUCUAUCGUGGAUGUUCGAUUACUUAUGAUGAAGAGCAAAAUUUGUUUCGAAGCGAUUGUCCGAGUGAAGGCUUAUUCGUUGGUGAAUCGAUUCCGAAACCCACGUUCUCCGAUGGAUUGCAUCGACCGUUUUCACCUACAUUCUCAGUUUAUAUCAAAAAGGAGCCAGAGAGAAGGCUACAGCAAGGGAAGAGGCUUUCAUGGCAACGAGCGAUCAAACAAGCAGUCAGUCUCAUCAAC